AUGUCUGCUACUGCUGGUAGUCAAGCUGCUCGUACCCGUGCCGCUACUAUAGCUAUGUCUGCUACUGCUGGUAGUCGAGCUGCUCGUACCCGUGCCGCUGCUAGAGCUAUGUCUGCUACUGCUGGUAGUCGAGCUGCUCGUUCCCGUGCCGCUGCUAUAGCUAUGUCUGCUACUGCUGGUAGUCGAGCUGCUCGUACCCGUGCCGCUGAUAGAGCUAUGUCUGCUACUGCUGGUAGUCGAGCUGCUCGUACCCGUGCCGCUGCUAUAGCUAUGGCUGCUACUGCUGGUAGUCGAGCUGCUCCUACCCGUGCCGCUGCUAGAGCUAUGUCUGCUACUGCUGGUAGUCGAGCUGCUCCUACCCGUGCCGCUGCUAUAGCUAUGUCUGCUACUGCUGGUAGUCGAGCUGCUCGUACCCGUGUCGCUACUAUAGCUAUGUCUGCUACUGCUGGUAGUCGAGCUGCUCCUACCCGUGCCGCUGCUAGAGCUAUGUCUGCUACUGCUGGUAGUCGAGCUGCUCCUACCCGUGCCGCUUCUAGAGCUAUUUCAGCUACUGCUGGUAGUCGAGCUGCUCCUACCCGUGCCGCUACUAGAGCUAUUUCUGCUACUGCUAGUAGUCGAGCUGCUCCUACCCGUGUCGCUGCUAGAACUGAUUCUGCUACUGCUGGUAGUCAAGCUGCUCCUAGCCGUGCCGCUGCUAGAGCUAUUUAA